UGUAACAAGCCAAAUCUUGUUCACUUUCACUCUUUAAAUAGACUGAUGGUAGACACAAAGUCCAAUGAAGUUUGUGUGCAGUUUCUUCUCAUGUGGUGUAAAGAAGUGCUGGAUAACAGUAAAACAGUGUCCGUGUUUCUGCUUACUUCAGGUGAGAUCUGAAGAUCAUAUAACCACCUUGUUUUCUUUCUUUCUUUUUUUAUUAGGUGCAUGCAUUUUUUUCUGCUGUUUGUCCUGCCUGGUGAGUAUGUGUAACAAAGAAAAUGUUUUUGUAAAAAUACGAUUAAUACGAUUAAUAAAUACCACAUUUGUAUCAAUACUGUAUAGUGAUUCAACACUGUUUUUAUUUGUAGGUGCUUCUUCUCUAACUGUGACGGGACAAAAGGGCGGCUAUAUUACCCUGCCGUGUAAUUCAAGCUACAGAGGGGAUUUAUCCACUGUUCUAACAUUUGGGUCCACAACUGCUUAUGGUAACCGUCAGGAUGAACACUUCAGGGGCCGCGUGCACAAGAGUGGCAACUGUAACUUCGUUCUACAACCCUUAAACACCACUGAUGCAGGGAAAUACACGUUGCAUGUUAAUGCCAACGGUCUACCUAAAAGCUACAGUCACGACGUCCGUGUUAAUGUCAAUUUAACAGCACGGAUAGGCGAAGAGGUAAAGUUUGACGAUCUGCCGCGUGAUGCUGAGAGCGUCGAGCAUUUUACAAACACAGACCUAAUAGAUGUUUGGAGGAAAGGGCAGGGUUUCCUGACUGAUCGACUGACCGACAAGAAUGGCCGCCUGAUCAUUAAAAACUUCACAUCGAGUGACGCUGGAGCAUACAGAGUCCUGAACAAAACAGGAGGAAUCCUGGUCACUGUGACGGUCACAACAGAAUCAGGCACAGCAUCAAAGGACAUACAGGACCGCACACGUGAUGACAAAACUAAAGGCACAGAACGAGCUCAUGCUUGUAUUGGGGUCGUGGUUCUGGUGGCUCUGAUUGUGUUUGCUGUCUUCAUGAAGCAUCGAUGUCUGAACAGGAACAAGGAACAAGGGGUCCCAAUGCAAGAAACUGUACAGGGGCCCAGAUCACCAAACAACAGCAAUGGUUACUUGGUCGUUUGCUUUCAGUGCCAUCAGCUCUGCAGAGGAUCCUGUCAACAUAUCAUUUCUGACUGAAUCAGUUGAUUAUUUUGGAUUUGCCAUGAACCAGAGUUCACCAAAUGAACACUAGCUAGGAUCAAGGUGAUUCCCCCCUGAGCCAGCGAAAGGCAUAUAUUAGUGGUGGGAGAGGAAAUACUGCAGUAGGUUGACUUAGAAUGGCCUAUUUUACUGUCACGAGUGAAUAUUGUAGAAAAAUUCCACUCUAAAUAGUGACGAAACACAACCCAUUAAUACAUGUUAACCAGGAGUCACUCUGAUUUAUAAUCGUGGCAUCAUCUGAUAAAAUCAACAUGCAUGUACAGUAGAUGCAUGUUGAGCGGCUAUGCGGUGGUGAUGGCUAUAUUACUUUAUUGUCUCAAAAAAUGUAAAUAUGUAUAGUAUUUUUAUGCUACUUUAAUCAGUAGCCACGUUUACAUGUACAUUUCGAUUAAAAUCAUUCCGAUUGAAAGAUUCGGUGGACUGUUUACAUGAGACGUUUUCUAAUCCGAAAUGGUGUUUACAUGUGCCGGUGCUUUCAAUUUUGGGACAUGCUAAGUAGCCUACAAUGACAUCAAAUACAAAUCACCAGAGGAAAAAACCCCCGUAUUUGUAUUAAUAUUUUUAAUAACUGCUUGCACUUGCUUGGAAUAAACGGACUAAUAUUUGAAUUCAUUGCGUUUAUAGAAAGGUUUACCCCGCCCCUCUCAAACUGAUUACAAUUUAUUUCGGUUUGGUCAUUUUUAUUCGGAUUGAGGUGUUUAUAUGGAGCAUUUUCAUUCGGAUUGGUUUUUUAAACCGAUUACAAUGCUCCAUGUAAAUGCACCUAGUGUCUAGCACACC